AUGAGCUUCACCAACCCCAUAAUUCCAGGGUUCAACCCCGAUCCUUCCAUUGUCCGGGUUGAUCGCGACUUUUUCUUGGUGACCUCAACUUUUGAAUACUUUCCCGGGGCCCCCAUUUAUCAUAGCCAGGAUCUGAUAAAAUGGCAGCUUAUUGGUCACGCGUUAACAAGACCGAGCCAACUUCAAAUUCACACUCCAGAACCUGGAGGUGGCGUGUGGGCUACUACAAUUCGAUAUUCCAACGGCGUAUUUUACGUCGUUACGGCUAGCUUCCACCGGUAUCGCCCCCAGGACGAUGACCGGGUCUGGCCGCAGGGAUUUUAUGUCAAAACAAGUAACAUAUGGGAUGAUACUACUUGGUCGGAUCCUGUUUACUUUGAUCAAGUUGGAUUUGAUCAAGACCUUUUUUGGGAUGACGAUGGUACCGCGUACCUUUCAUCUACCUAUCGCAAGCUACAGCCCACGCCUGGAGCUAGACUCAAGGAUUUCGCUAUUCAUAUCUGCACCGUUGAUCUUGAAACCGGGCACUCGACAUCCGAGCCCAGAUUGAUUCGCGAGUCUUCUUCUGGAGUUGCAGAAGGCUCCCAUAUUUUCAAGCGAGGUCAAUACUGGUAUCUUUUCACGGCUGAGGGUGGCACUGAGAGCGGACAUUGUGAAUGGGUCAGUCGCAGUGAAGAUGGCCCACUGGGUCCUUGGGUUUUGGGGCCCAGUAAUCCUCUCUGGCGCAAUGGGUUGGAAGACGAUGUGCAAAACACAGGACAUGCAGAUCUAGUCGAAGAUGCAAAGGGCAACUGGUGGGCAGUACUGCUUGGUGUUCGACCUGUGCGAAAGGAGGGUGAAUGGGAAGAUUCUGUCCUUGGUCGAGAAUCAUUCCUCGUUCCGGUGUCAUGGGAAAAUGACUGGCCGGUCAUAAAUGGAGGAAAUAAGAUCACGCUUCAAUCAACCGGCCCGGGCCUCUAUCACCACCACAUACCCGUAGAAUGGAGAGAUGACUUCUCCGGCCCGAGUAUGCAAUUGGGAUGGUACAGGAAGAACACUCCGUUCACAUCCGACUUCUCGUUGAGUGAGCGACCUAAUCAUCUUCGGCUUUAUGGCGGGCCAUAUAAUCUCUCUGUUCCGGCUUGUCCAACGUUAUUUCUGCGCAAGCAGACCCAUCUCGUCUGCACCUGGGAAACAAAAUUAUCAUUCAGCCCAAGAUCAGAGGACACAGAGGCAGGUACUGUUCUUUGGUGGAAUUAUUUCACAUACACCAGUCUGGGAAUUCGCAAGCAAGGCGAAAAGCGAAUCAUCCGGUUUCAGUCAUCAGAGGGAAACAUAGUGGAAGAGGAGAUAGACUUGAUCUCGGAAGUGAUAUUAACUAUUGAGUGUGGUAGCGAAUAUCGUUUUGGAUAUCGUCAGCUGGAGCUUGCCGAGUCAAGGUGGAUUGGGACUAUCUCUAACAAAGCAGCGACGAAAGCACCUCCAAUUGGUGCUUGUUUCACCGGGAUGAUGUUUGGGCUAUAUGCCUUCGACAAACCUCGGCAGUACCUACUAGUUAUUACUCGGGAUCCUCCCGAGAUUAACCCCGAGAACCCUGGAUACCAGCAGACCCGCCUCGACACAGCCCUGAUUGGCAGCGUGCUGAUCGCGACAAUGUCUUAUUCCCCGCAAUUAACUAGACCAAGCCCAAUCGACGAUGACAAGGCUGAAGACGACUGGUCAGGACUAACCGACCCGGCAGAACGCCGCAGACGACAAAAUCGAAUUAAUCAGCGUGCCCGCCGGAGACGACAACGAUCCGAGACGAAUAAAGACAUCCACCCGAAAAGCGUAGUCGCCUCCGUCCCUCCAUCCUCUGCGACCGCACUUGUCCGCUCAAAAGAGAGCAGCGCCCUGAAAAAUGGCGAUCGCUGCCACAAUAACGGGUUUCUACGCGCCCUGAUGAAUAGAUUCACCAGUACGGCCUACGAAAGCUAUAUGACAGGCUCACCAACCUCGGAUCACCUUUUGACCCUCACCAAAGUCAACGUUUUUCGUGCAUUUGGAAAUAAUCUUCGCAUGGCCGGAGGCUGCUUGGACAAUAUGGAGGAUGACUCGAUUUCCCACUUCAAUACGGAGGCGCCGAGAUAUGACAAACUAGUGGAAGACACCAUGCCGCUUAGCCUGCGACCGACGCGAGUCCAAAAAGCCAUACCACAUCACCCUUGGUUGGACUUCUUCCCUCUGCCUAAAAUGCGCGACAACAUGAUCCAAGCGGGUGAUGAAUGGGACGAUGAGCAACUUUGUGUUGAUAUAAUGGGAUUUUGGAAUAUAGGUUCCGCAGAGAACUCUGGUCUGAUCGUCUGGGGCGAACCAUGGGAUAUCAAUAAUUGGGAGGUGACUGAAGCAUUUCUCAAAAAAUGGGCUUGGAUUGUCCGAGGGUGUCCGGAGUUGAUGAUAUCCACAAAUAAAUGGCGGGCGAAACGGGGAGAGAAGCUCAUAUUCCGAUAUAUCUAA